AUGGUCAGCCAACACGCAAUGGCAACUACUGUUCGUAAAGUUAAGCAGGAGAAUCGUCUUAGGCGACAGAAUCAUAAUCAAGAUGAGGAAGGACCUUACAAGGCAAUACCACCACCGAAACCGGUGCCAAACAAUCAAAAGAAACAGAACGGGCAGCAGUUCUGGGACGAUCGGCAACAACCGGUAGCAACUUCCGUACAUCCGCAAGUACCUACUUCCGGUACAGAAAGUAGAGACUCGAUUAACGUUAAAACAGAAAUCCGAAAUUCCGGGCAAAUUCCGUUUGCACCGGAAUACAGGAUGCCACCGCUUUACGGUGAGGAACAGAGUUCGAGUCAGGCUCAACAGGCGGCCAAUUUGCAGACUCACAGUAGCAAAUUUCCGAUAGAAAGAGAGGUGGUCCUGUCGUCAGGAGACAAGAAUUCCAAGAUUCCCAUUCUUCAUGAGUACAAACAGAGGACUGCCGGAAGAGUAGCGAUCGCACCGGAUGCACCUAUCAAGCAACAAGCUUGGGUACAAGAGGCGAAUCAAAUGCACGAGAUCAGGCAAGAAACACAAACGAGGAAUUAUCAGCAGACACAAGAAUCUUCAUCAACCGCAAGUGGUACUACGACGGUCUCAAGAUCUACAAAGAUAGACGAGGAUAAAUCAAAAUCAUUGUCAAGGACCUAUCAUACUAUAAAGGACAUGAUAUCAAGUAGAUUUGGUCAAAAUCGUAAGGACGUUGAGCCAGAACCGGAAGCGAGUUUGAACAACGCUGCCGACGAGUUAAGGAAAUCCAGUAAGGGUAUCGACGAGGAGGAAGCGAAAAAGAAGGAAGCCAUUUACGGGAAACCACGUGCUCAGGAACCCCCUGUCAAUAUGCAGCAAUAUCCUAAAAACGCUUACGGUCAAUACGGGCAUUCGUACAGUUACCAGAGCAAUCAACAAAGUGUACCACUACCUGGCCAACUUCAACCUAACUUACCGGGACAGAGUGCGCAGCUUCACGUAACUCAUCACGCUCCGGUUAGUGGAGUACAAACGGUCCAUCAAACUCAACUACCUUCUUUCGGGCAAUCUACGCCAGGUGGUCAACAGGUGCAAAAUGUAGCCAGAGAUUACGUUGUUCAAGGGACCGUCGAAUUGACCAACCAACAAUCUCAUCAAGGAUUACAUUCGAAUCCUACUCAGGGACAGGGCCAGAAUAGCACGGUGCAGAAACAACAGCACGGAUUACCUAUACAACAACAACAGCAACAACAACAACAACAACAGCAGCAACAGCAACAACAACAACAACAACAGACAGGAAAUACCAUGCAACAUAUGAGUCAACCGUACCAAAGCACCCAACAGUUAAUGCAUCAGAACCAAAAUCAUCACCAAAGUCCGCGAUUCGCUCAACAGCACGCUCAAAACAUGCACCAACGUCAAUUGAUUCAGCAGAUGCAUCAGCAACAAAUGGCGGGUCAACAAGCCGGUGCGAGAAAUACUUCUCAACCGCAGCCACAACAGCAACAGCAACAACAACAGCAACAACAACAACAGCAACAGCAAGCAUAUUUCCCGAACAGCGUAUCGUACCAACAGUAUCAGCAAGCUAGACAAGCUAUGUCCAGGUCGCAAAUAGAUUUACCAAGUACCUCUAGACAAACUCAAGAAUUAAGGAUAUCCAGUCAAGAGGUAUAUUAUCAUUAUGCUCAAGGUAGGCCAAGGUACGGUGUACCACAGGUCUAUAUGAAGUCGGAAACAAAUCAAGAGGUUGAGUUCCAAAGACGAAAUUCGGCUAAAGGAAUUGAAAAGGCAGCAUCUCAACCUCAGCUCUCUUACGAAGAAGAACGAGCCAUUAACGAAGCAUCGAGAAAUCCUGGUGGAGUGGAUGGGCUAAAGAAUCACACGAUGGAUCAAUUGGACAAGGAGAAAUACGAAAUAACCGUGGAAGAUCGAGGACAAAACGAGUUUGGUAGGAACGGUUCGCAAAGAAAGGAGGAUUAUAGGCCAGAAACUAGCUUUGGUUUACACAGGGACGAAAUGAUCAGAUCUUCGACGAGAGAUCAUGAACAUUCCGGUGUUAACAUGAUUCAACAGGACAAUCAAGACUCAUCGGAAAAUAUAUCCGUACAAAAAAGGAUCGAGGAAUUGCAAAGGAGAAGCGAACACGAUAAUAAUCAUUCGAUUGUUGGUAAAUUAUCGAAAGAUUGCGAAUUGGAAGGUACGAGAAUCGGAGCCAGUUCAAAAACCUUAGGAUUGGACGUCUCUAAAAGACUAGAAUCUGGUUCCUCCUACUCGGUUAAAGAUUCCGCCACGAAAUCUGACAGUCGAAAGGAUGAAUUGGAACAGGGUAUCGCUCGACUUAAGAUACAAAAUCAAGGAUCUGGCUCGGAUUACGAUAAAGCUGGCCAGAGUUCUUCGAACGUCGAUUCGGGAAGGGGUUCUGCGGUUUAUUCGAGUGGAAGGCGCCCACCUCCGGAGGAUCGAAAUUUGACGCAAGCGCAAGAUUCCGAGUGGGUCGAUAUAGUGGAAUCUGAAUUGAGAAGCAUUUUAGAGCCAAGAGACGUACCAGCGAUGGCACACUCGACUCUAUCCGAAAGUGUAUCAUCUGUGACACCGCCACUACCGCCUCUAUCACCCCAUGAAAGCCCACGAACGCCAAGAAAUCGAUACUCGGCGAGUUUGCCAUAUGGUUCCAAGCCGAGUUACGGUGAUUAUGGCAAGGCAAUGGAGAAAAGAGGAUUUUUAAACAGUUCCAAACAUCGUGGUGCUUCGACAUCGAAAAAGGAUUCGAGUAAAAAGUUUUCUCAUCUUUUUGACUGGAAAGUUGCUGAUCUGACGUCAACGACGACCGGACUCGAUUUGGAUUCGAUGCUGGAUCGCAGUGAUUCAGAUCUUAGUACCAACGACGCAAGAACGAUUAGGAAACAAUUGGAGGGCUUGGAAAAUAUGUACAGUGAGGUAUUGAAAUUGUUGGGUGGGAGUGUUAAGAAGAGACGAAAAACGAGAGGGUUGACCAGUUAUGGAUCCGUUUCGUCGUUACCAACUUCAUCGGUAUCUUCUAGACCUGUCACCAGACAUCACGAUAAACGUAGAUCACAUAUGAUCGACGAUCGUAUGAAAAAAGCCAAAGACAUCAAGAGUAUCAACAAAAGGUUUCAAUUGCUUGAAUCUCACGUGGUGACGCUGGCACGUUCCGUGGCACAUCUCAGCUCGGAAAUGAGAACCCAACACAUGAUGAUGCAGGUUUUCGCAGGAAAUGGAGAACAUAAGGGGGGAAAUCGCAGCACUUCGAACCCAAACGAGCAUGGCGAUGGUGAGAUCGCAGUCCCAGCCGUUGAUAAAGGACUCCGAAUUACCGGCACUUUCCAAUCCGUCGAGGGUGAAAAAACUGACGAAAUUUUUCGGAACGGAACCACCCCUUAUCAGACUAUUCCUCAGGGAACUUGGGUAUGA